AUGGCCCACAUUAUCGUUACAGGCGCGACGGGCCUAGCUGGCUCUGCCUUUCUCGCAGAAUGUCUUGCAUCUCCCGCAAUUGCUAAAGUGAGCAUCCUUUCACGCCGCCCUGCUGAGUUCGCGAAAGCCGAUCCAAAAGCCCACAUUGUCAUUCACUCGGGCUACUCCUCAUAUCCGUCCUCGGCUCUUGAGCAAAUCCGUGGUGCAACAGGCUGCAUCUGGGCGCAAGGCAAAAGCUCUAUUGCAAUGGCCGACCUACCAGAGCACGGAGGAGAUUUUAAAUUCGUCUAUAUCAGUGACGAAGGCGCCGACACCACUGAGAAGUCUUCUCAGAUGUUUGGAAGAGUCAAAGGUCUUACAGAGAAAGAUCUACUUGCUAUGGCGACUACGAAGCCAGCACUGAGUGUUUAUAAUCUUCGACCUGGUGUUAUCGAUCCGAUGGGCAACGACCCGAGGAACAACAAGCCUUUCAGUAUCGUGGGUGACUUGCUGGUACCAAUCUUAGGGCCAGUGCUUAGCCUUGUCUAUCCUUCUAUGCAUACGCCUACGAAAAGCUUGGCUGAAGUCUCUGUUCGACUUGCCGUUGGAGACGGUCAACCGUUAACAGAAGCAUGGGGAACAGAAGCAGACGGACGGACAUUGAGGAACACGGCUAUCAGAAGGUUCGCAGGCCUGUAA